GCGGCGUUGGAAGCUUGGAGAGGCCCGGGAGCCCGCAGGAGCCGCAGCUUGGAACUCCCCGAGCGCCGGUCAGCCCCCGUCUCCUCCUCGGCGAAGCCCUCGCGACGCGCCCGGCCCGGAGCCCUGCGGAGCGGCCGCGCUUGAAGGAUGACUUCGAGGAAGAAAGUGCUGCUGAAGGUGAUCAUCCUGGGAGACUCUGGAGACGGGAAGACCUCACUCAUGAACCAGUACGUGAACAAGAAGUUCAGUAACCAGUACAAAGCCACAAUCGGGGCCGACUUCCUGACGAAGGAGGUGAUGGUGGACGACAGGCUAGUGACCAUGCAGAUUUGGGACACGGCGGGACAGGAGCGGUUCCAGUCCCUGGGCGUGGCCUUCUACAGAGGCGCCGACUGCUGCGUCCUGGUGUUUGACGUGACCGCCCCCAACACGUUCAAGACCCUUGACAGCUGGAGAGACGAGUUUCUCAUCCAGGCCAGUCGCCGGGACCCCGAGAACUUCCCCUUUGUCGUGCUGGGAAACAAGAUUGACCUCGAAAACAGACAGGUGGCCACCAAGCGGGCACAGGCCUGGUGCUACAGCAAAAACAACAUUCCCUACUUCGAGACCAGCGCCAAGGAGGCCAUCAACGUGGAGCAGGCCUUCCAGACGAUCGCCCGGAAGGCGCUCAAGCAGGAAAUGGAAGGGGAGCUGUACAACGAGUUCCCCGAGCCCAUCAAACUGGACAAGAACGACCGCACCAAGCCCUCGGCCGAGAGCUGCAGCUGCUGAAGAGGCAGAGAGCAGAGCGCACAGUCCUUCGCGACCGACUUACAGGCCUUCGUCCACGAGCCCCUCCUCCACACAGACAGUCAUCUCUCGCCCAGCUGCCCGGAGAGCCCAGCACACCGCCGACCCCGGCACACGCCCUACAGGCCCCAGCGCCCUCCCCGCGGGCUCCAUGGCAGCAGCACUGCCGGCUGCGCACACCCGCCUGGGGUGGAGUCUGCGCUGGAAGCUUUUCCUUUUGUCCACUGGAGAGAGAACUGUUUACAGUUAAUCUGUGUCUAAUUAGUUCUGAUUUUUUUAACCGUCUUGUGGUCUUUUUACCCACCCUCUCCUGUGAAGGCCACCACGUGGGAAG